UCGCCCGCAGGCACCGCCCCACGAGCUCAGGCCGAGCCGCGUGUCUCCCGAGCGGCCGCGGACGUGGGCUCAGGCCUCGGGGUAGCGGCCGCGCUCGGGCGUGGCGCCGGGUCGGUCUCCGAGCGGCAGGGAUCCUCAAGCACAGCAGUCUCCUGUCGCGGCCGCGCAGAACCAAAAGAGGACACCUGGCAUGUGAGGGAGGAGAGUUUACAUCUGCGCGAUGGUCCUUGCACAGCGACGACCAGGCCGUGGGGCAGCGUGUAGCCCGCAGCCCUGAGCGACAGCAGCAUCCUGUCUGUCCCCAGAUGGUCAGUAUGGGCCCAACAGGCAGACAAAGCCCCUCCUCCCUGCCAGUCCCUGCAGGAGGGCCCUGUCUGCUCCUGCUCUUCUGCCUGAGGCUGGGUGCCUCCUGCCCACAAAACUGCCAGUGCCCUGACCACGCGGGGGCGGUGGCUGUCCACUGCAGCGCGAGGGGCCUGCAGGAGGUCCCCAAGGACAUCCCUGCGGACACUGUGCUCCUGAAGCUUGAUGCCAACAAGAUUGCCCGCAUCCCCAAUGGGGCCUUCCAGCACCUGUACCAGCUGAGAGAGCUGGACCUGUCGCAGAACGCCAUCGAGACCAUCGGCCCUGCCGCCUUCUCAGGCCUGGCCGGGGGCCUGCGGCUGCUGGACCUAUCUCACAACCGCCUCCGGAGGAUCCCCAAGGACGCGCUGGGCAAGCUCAGUGCCAAGAUCCGCCUGGCGCACAACCCGCUGCACUGCGAGUGCGCCCUGCAAGAGGCCCUGUGGGAGCUGAAGCUGGACCCCGACUCCGUGGACGAGAUCGCCUGCCACACCUCGGUGCAGGAGGAGUACGUGGGCAAGCCGCUGAUCCAGGCCCUCGACUCUGGCGUCAGCUUCUGUAGCGUCCACCACAAGACCACCGAUGUGGCCAUGCUGGUCACCAUGUUCGGCUGGUUCGCCAUGGUGAUCACCUACGUUGUGUACUACGUGCGACAGAACCAGGAGGAUGCCAGGAGGCACCUAGAGUACCUCAAGUCCCUGCCCAGCACCCCCGUGUCCAAGGACCCCACCAGCCCUGCGCCCUAGUGCCCACCCUCCUCCCACCGCUGCCGUGGCAGAUGGGACCGGCUCUGCCACUGGUGUCCCUCAGGGAGGUGGUGACGUGGCUGAUUCUGCCCCGUGCUCCACUCCCACAGAGCAUUUUCCUUCAGGUCCAGCAGUUUGUCCAUCUGACCCACUGAUGGAUGGGGAAACAGGCUCAGAGAAACGGGAAGUCUCGGGCAGGAAGCAGUCCAUUCAGGACGUAAAGCCAGGCCGUCCAUCCCUGAUGUGUUCCUUUCACUCUGGGAGCCUGUCCCACGGGGCGCCCAUAGGGUGGACAAGCAUUCAGGGAUGAAAGAGUGCCUGCCCGUGAGUGAGGCUCCCCAAGGAGGUGGGGCGCAGCUCAUCAGUUGAAGUUACGGGUUGUCUACACUGUGGAGCUGCUUUACCUCUUCUUCCCCAGUAUGUCCCAAACACAUCUGACCACAGGCUCCCUGCAGAGCCAAGUGGUAGAGACCAGGUUUUUCUAGAGAGGUAAGUGGAACGUGUAACCUUUGAACAACUCUUGUUUAUUCUCAGAGUGUUUGUUAAGAGUAACACGUACCAAAUUUCAGUCCAGCGAGAAGGAAACAAAACAAAAUAAAAAACCAAAAGAAUGAUUAAACCACAGAGAGAACCUGAGACAGGUCCAGCGUGGCUCAUGGGAAGCCGUGUCAGCAGCCAGAUAAGGGUAGCCCUGCCCGACUCCCGCCCAGCGGGCUGUGUCCCGCCAGGGAGCCCAUCAUCGGGGGUCGCUACGUGCCUUGCUUUUCUACUCACUGAAGCAGCUCCUUUCCAGUGGUUGAGAGCCAAAGGGAGGACCAAUGUCUGAUGCUUCAAGGCGGGCUGCUUCCUCUCUCCAGGAACAAGAACUCUCUCUCUCCUUCUCAGCUUUGCUGCCAGGAAUCUCAGAGCAACUUUACUGCUCGGUUUUCCUAUCUAAUUCAUGUUCAGGGUAGACCUUACCUCCACCUACAUACCCCAACUCUUGUCUUUGCAGUUUUAUUUUUUAACGGCCUUUUUGUAUGAGUGUUUAUAUUUUAAACUACUUCAGAUAUUUUGAGGGGGAGCAAACUCGGGGUACACUGCUCGUGGAUCUGAGGUAUAAAGGACAGGAAGGGCAAAGGUGUAUGAAGGUCUGUACUGGGAAAGCGUCACGUGGCCAGACACGGGAAGCACAUUUACGCGUGGAUGCAGAGACGCGGUGCCCGCAGCCGAGAGACCAGAAGUGGCAGCAGAAACCUGAAAAGCACAUUUGAGCAAGGUCAUGACUUUUCAGUUGUGGUGCGUUAAAGAGAAAAUGACCAGCAGAUGCCAACCCUUGUCCACGCCCCAGUGCCCCACCUGCCCUUGCUGGGGGCACAGCGAGCACCGUGUGAACAGGGGGCUCUGUGCUGAGUGUGGGGUGGGCGCCUCUCUGCCCACUGCCCACUAGGGUGAGGGGAUGGAGGGCAGGGCUCAGACGAUGCUCCGAAUGACCCCAGUCCUCAGGAAAUUGAUGGCCUGCCCACCCUUCCAGUGACCACUAAAGCCCAGCAGCCAGCCUGGGCACCAGUCCACUUGUGGGACAGACGCUGUAGGAGUAGGUGAGUGUGGGCCGACUGACGGGGGGACACAGGCUCCGAGGGUGAAUCGGGCCCCUUCCCACCUCCAUCCUAGGGUGCACACAGCGGGGAGGGGUCCUGCCACACAAGGAGCUCAUCCCACAGGUUUGGGGACGUGACCCUGGGUCCCUGGGUCGGGGAAGAGAGGGAAUUGAGGCCUGGAUGGUGGUGGGGACAGACGCCAGGGUCCUGCUGCCUUGGCUCAGGUCCCGCAGGGGCCAGUCAGCCUGGGCACCUACAGGGCCUUUCCUCGCUGCUCGCACCCGGAAUCAGCUCAGAGCCUCAUGCCCCCAGGUGCUCUUCUGGGGACACACGGGGCACAUGCAGGGCUUUCCCCUCAUCCUUUGCUGCUGCCCAGUGCCCUGCCAGCUUUCCCCCAGGUGUGGGCCUGCUGGCUCUUGUCCACACAGCUGGGAAGAGGAAGUGGGCCCAGGACCCCAGAGCACCCAAGAAGGGUCCUCUCCCUCUUGUCCUGAGCCCAGCGGCAGGGGGCUACCAGGCCCUCCUGGCCUUUCUGGGCUCCUCAGCCCUCGUGCAGUCUCCUGGCAGAGGGUACCUCCCUCCCAAGACCACCAGGAUCCCACUCCCAGGAGCAGAAACUCCUUCCUGCUCACUGGAGCCCCCGUCAGCCCUGGGCUCUCCUGGGAACCCAGCCCUCCCUUCGCCUCUUGCCCCCUUGUUUCUCUGUCCUUCCUUCCCCUCCUUAAGGGACUGCUGAAGAUGACACCCAGCAUCUCUUGCUGCCAUGUGUGAGCCUGGACACCCCACCACCUUCAUGGGCCCUUGGACUGACCUCCCAGCCCCACCUCAGCACCCUGAGCGUACAUCUGCCUGUCUCCUAGUUCUGCAGAGGCCAGGGUCCAGCCAGCCCAGUCGAGGGGACCGGUGUUGACAGUGGUGGGGAUGUGGCAAUGGGGAUGCCUCAGUCGGGUGGUAGGGAGGCAGCAGCCUUUGGGGUGUGGGUGGACCCCAGCUCUCAUCACAGUCAGUCCAGAAAAAGCCAUCUGCAUACAACCCUGCUCAGCCCUGUCCACCGAGCCCCUCCUGCCUUGGGAGGUGGCUCUUCACAGGUUCUAGGGGUCAGGGGGUGAUGAUUUUGGGGGAGUUUAUGGGGCUGAGGGGUGGCAUGAGCAGACUGGCUUGACAGCCACCUCAGCUGGGCCUGUCUUCCUUCUCACAGGAGUUGGGGUCUCGAUUCUGGGAGGCCUAAGGGCAGAGGGAAGGGGAGGGGCAGCCCCCCAGGAGCCCGGCCCCCUUGCCCACCACUCUGGGCUGGGGUGGGACUUCGUGCUGGCUUGGUCCCUGGCCUCAGCAUGGACGGUCCCCUUGGAAACCAGAGCCCCACCCUUGACCUUGACGCUGACCCUAGGCAGGGAUCCUCACACUUGCAGCCUCCUGACAAGCCCUGACAGUCCUCUUUGGACUUUGGGACCCCAGGCUCUCUCGGGUGGUCCAGCAGUGGGGGAUGAGCAGAUGUACCAUGAGCCCCCAGCAGAGCCACUGGGACACAGGCUGUCCCUGGCAUGGAGCCACCUUCCUGGGACCUCCGGUGGGCACAGCAGCAAUGGUGGGCACAGGCCGGGCACUCCCAGGGCAUCGUCCCGGAGCAGCACUGUGUACCUGCCCUGCUGGCCAAGUGCCUGCCCAGCACUCCCUGGGCUCCCUUGCAGCGGGUUCUCCAGGAUCCUGGCCUGAGUUCUGGAGAGCAGGCCCAGCGGACCAUGGAGGAGGUGGAAUGGUCUGGACUCUUGGCCGGAGCCUGCGGUGGUUACCUGGAAGCUUGGCCCCAAACCCAAUCCUACUGUCCUCCCCAUUGUCUUUGAACCUUCAAUAAACCUCUGAGCUCAUGUCA